AUUGAUUGUAUGGCACCUCAGUCGUGCGUAAUGAAUCCUGCGCAAGGAUCGCCGCCCUCGGCUGCUCCGGGGGAAACCUCUCCAGAGGAGCGGGUGACUGACGAGCUGGAGCUGUCAUCUGUCAGGAGGUUUAAAACGAGAAGUUCAGAUCUGCCUUUCAGCGUGGAGUCCCUCAUAUCGGACAGGACGCCGGACAGGAGCACCCACUCCCCGGAGCGUGGAUUAGGCUGCGUCCGGACGGAGGAGACGGAGUGUGCGUCACCGAGGGGGCUUUAUGGGUCCAAAGCAGAGGCUGUGGAGCUCAGCGAGAGGGAGACGAGCCCCUGGUUUCAUGCUCCUUAUGCAUCACCUCCAAGACUCCCCAGCCCGAGCCAGUGCAAUCUUCGGAAACACAAGAACAACAGGAAACCCCGGACUCCUUUCACCACCUCCCAGCUGCUCUCUCUGGAGAGAAAGUUCCGUCAGAAACAGUACCUCUCCAUCGCGGAGAGAGCCGAGUUCUCCUGCUCGCUCGGCCUCACAGAGACUCAGGUGAAGAUCUGGUUUCAGAACCGGAGGGCCAAAGCCAAGAGACUGCAGGAGGCCGAGCUGGAGAAGUUCAAACUUGCCGCGAAGCCGCUGCUGCCGGCUUUCGCUUUCCCCUUACCCCUGAACGCACCACUGGGUGCGCCAGCUCUGUACGGGGCCCUGAAUGGACCACGGCCUGCCUUACAUGUCCCGGGACUUUUCAGUGGACCGUAUGGGAUGUACUACCUGUCUUAACCCGGGUUAACUUUGAACUGCUUCACCAGGCAGACUGCCUUAAAAAUGCCUUCAUACGGCAGACAACCCCUGCUGCAAAAACGCCCUGUUACCGGAGGAACAAAUCUUAUUAAACGCGUAAAAUACGUCCUGUUUGAGGAAAAACGCAAUCUACCUGGGAAAAAUAAAAAACACCUGUUACAUAAACGUACUUUUCCUUUUGCAGAGGCCUUCUCUAAGAUCACAUCAUUCUCUGAUUGGAAAAAUGAAAGAUUUCUCCUGAUAAGGAUUUCCUUUAUAAUUUAAAAAUACAUUAUGUCAGCAAAAACUGAAGAUUAAAGUAAAUUAUUAAAGAAUUGUCAUUUUUUUGUGUAAUCAGUUAUUUUCCUCAGAGCAUGUUUGUAAAAUUAUUCUUAUAAUUCAAAAUGUCCUAAAGUUUCCAGGCCAUACACUGAUAGGAGUAAAGAUAACGUGUUCACUUAAAUGCCCUUAAUUUGGGGUUUAAAGCGGUAACUCAUCAUGACGUCAUGCCAGAGGCCUUUAAGAAUAUUUCACAAGUACGGAUGUUUUUAAAUGACCAAAUUUUUAAUCAUCCAAAAUAUAAAACAUGAAAUCAUCCAUAUAAAGCCACAUGUCUACUCUAGUAUGUCGUCCAUGGAUAAUGUCGCCUUUUCUCCUUUAGUAUUUGAGAUCAGGCUGCUAAAUUCUGCACAGUUAAUUAUUUUAUAUUUUAAUUAUAAGUCAUGUUAAGGUGAAUUUACUAUUGAGUUAUAUCAACACCACAUAUUUCUGUUUUUAACAUCUUAAUUUUCUUUUCUAUUCUCCAACAAACAAAUAUAAAUAAUUAUUUUUACCUCAGAGGGGAGAUAUUUUUGCACAGAUGUUCAGAGAGAUCACGCUUUCAUCACUACAUGUAAAUAAAGGUCAUGAAAUA